AUGAAUAAUUCUCAAAAAAGCAAAUCUGUUCGAUCUGGUUCUGCAAGGGUGAGAUCAGCUAUUGAAAGAGCUGGUUUGCUCCAACAAAGAGAACAAUUACGUGAGAUGCUUAUAAGCAAAUUUAGCAAAGAUUAUGCUCAGGGAAAUAAAAACAAAGAACUUCUAAUAUAAUAAAUAGUUAAUGAAUACUUUACAAAUGAGCAAGUAAUCAACAUCUAUUAAGUUAGGUUACAGAAAGCUCUCUAAAACAAUUGAAAGCAAGAGUAAUUGAAGCUGUUCAAAAAUAGAAGGCUCAGAGUCAGACAUAGCAUGUAUCCUAGAAUAAUAAUAAUUCUCAUUUUGACAAUAAAAGUGAGUAGAAAUCAUAAAUUCCUCGACCUCAGUCAGUCAGAAAUUCAGCUAAAUCGGAAGUUGAUCAAGAUUAGUAUUCUGUAACUUCUUCUCAAUUUGAAAAACAACCGAAAUCUGUAUAUGUAGUAGACGAGGAGGAUGAAUGGGCUGCAUUAGUUAAAUUUGAUACAGAACUAUAUACUAAAGAGUAGCAACUUGAGUAAUAGAGAUAGGCUGAGUUUAAGAAGAAGAUGAAGACAGAAUUAGAUAGACAGUUGACAGAGAAGAAGAGGAGGUUGGAAAUGGAGAAGAAACAAGAAGAAGCUUAUGUCAAAUUAAGAGAUUAUCAGAUGAAUGUUUAUGAUUAAAGAGAAGAGCAAAAGAAGAGAGAGAUUGCAUAGAAAUAAUAAAUAGAGAAAGAAUAAAGAGAUAGGUAAGUUAGAGAAGAAGAAAAAAGGAAGUAUUUGGAGAAAAAGAAAUAGUCAGAAUUAGAUGCCAUUUUAGUUUAAAGAAUUCAGGAAGAAUUAAAGUAGGAAUAAAGAGAAACAUUAUAAAAGAAAGAAAUGGAAAAAAGAAAGUUCAUUGAAAUGAUGGAAGAAAAUGAAAAAAACAGAUGCAAAUAAAUCUAAGAUGAAUAAACUGAUAAACAAUUGGAAGUUGACAUGCAAAGGAAGUAUAUCUAAUUACAAUAAAAGUUGGAAGAGGAGCGAGAAAUGGAGAAAAAAGAAAGAGAAGACAAAAUCAAAAAGAUAAUGAGUGAUUUUUCAUAGACUGUCGUAAAGAAUCAGAAAGAUUAAAUAAAGUAUGAAAAUGCAUAAACAAUAGGGCUGAAGACGAUAAAAUGAUGAAAGCUAUAUUAAUGCAAAACGAGAUUGAAUAAUAAGAUGAAGAGAUGAAGAAGAGACAAAUCAAAUCAUAAUAGUUGGAGAUGAGAAAAUACUUAAUAAAGUAGAUGGAGGAUAAGAAGUAACCAUAUCAUUAUGACUUUAGAUAGAAGCUGAAAGAAGAAGAAGAAUUAAAUAAGAAACAAGCCUAAGUUUGGCAACAGGACCUAUAGACAUUCCAAAAACAUGAAAAAUCUAAAUAUGAUUACAUAAAGGAUGUGAAUGUGAAGCAUCAGGAGAUCUUGAAGUAACAAAUGGAUGAGAAGAAGUCAUAGCAAAGGCCAAGGAACAAAAUGAACAACGAAGAAUUAAUGCAUAAUAAACCUUUACUGAAGGAAUUGGCUGACAAACAAGAUUCUAUUAAGGUGAGGAAAAUUAAUAUAGGAUGA